UCCUCCUCUCCCGCUCCUCCCACCCUCCUCUCCCGUCCCUCCUCCCGUCCCCGGCUCGGUGGGUCGGUGGGUCGGUGGGCAGGACCCUGGUCGGUCCUUCCCCGCCUCUCCCCGGCAGCAGUCGGUCGGAGCCCGGGCGGAGCCGGCCGGCGGCGGCAUGGAGGGCCAGUGAGAGCAGAGGGCGGCGCCGCAGGAACCAGCAGCCGGGCCCAGAACCGGGAGUCCAGGCUCCCCCAGAUCCUCCUCCACCCACCGACUCGGCCCGAAGCCACCCCGGGGAGAAGAGGCAGAGAGAUGCUGGGAGUGUGAAUGUAGGUGCGAAAAUCCCCCGCGGGAACCAACAGGCUCCGCUCGCCGGCUCCGGCGAAGGUUUCUUCCUCGCGUGGCCCGGUCAUCAUCGCACCUCCUGAGGGUGGCGGAGGUUAGGACCCGAGGCCAGCCGCCCCGCCGGGCCCGAUGGCCCCCCGCCGCGCCCCGCACCCCGUCUCGGGGACCCUGCUGCUCUGGGCCUUCCUGAUCCUGGAGCCGGCGGGCGCCACCCCCGCGCCGCCGCCGGACCUGCCGGCCGAGGCCCCGGCCAACGCCUCGCCGCCCGACGCCUGCGCCGGCUCCACGCGGUGCCAGCCGGGGGUCCUGCUCCCCGUGUGGCAGCCCGACGACCCCUCCCUGGGCGACAAGGCGGCCCGCGCCAUCGUCUACUUCGUGGCCAUGGUCUAUCUGUUCCUGGGCGUGUCCAUCAUCGCCGACCGCUUCAUGGCCUCCAUCGAGGUCAUCACGUCGAAGGAGAAGCAGAUCACCAUCACGCGCGCCGGCGGCGAGACCAGCGUGGGCACCGUGCGCAUCUGGAACGAGACCGUGUCCAACCUGACGCUCAUGGCCCUGGGCUCGUCGGCGCCGGAGAUCCUGCUGUCGGUCAUCGAGGUGUGCGGCCACAACUUCCAGGCGGGCGAGCUGGGCCCGGGCACCAUCGUGGGCAGCGCGGCCUUCAACAUGUUCGUGGUCAUCGCCGUGUGCGUGUACGUCAUCCCGGCCGGGGAGAGCCGCCGCAUCAAGCACCUGCGCGUCUUCUUCGUCACGGCGGCCUGGAGCGUCUUCGCCUACGUGUGGCUCUACCUGAUCCUGGCCGUCAUCUCGCCGGGGGUGGUGCGGGUGUGGGAGGCCCUGCUCACGCUGGUCUUCUUCCCCGUCUGCGUCGUCUUCGCCUGGGUGGCCGACAAGAGGCUGCUCUUCUACAAGUACGUCUACAAGCGCUACCGGGCCGACCCGCGCAGCGGCAUCAUCAUCGGGGCGGAGGGCGAAGGGCCCAAGGACAUCGAGAUGGACGGGGCCUUCCUGGGGGGCGGGGCCGACCUCCUCCCGGGGGGCGGGGCCUCCUCGUCUCCGGGGGGCAUGACCUCGUUUCCGGGGGGCUUGACCUCGUUUCCGGGGGGCGAUGCCUCCUCGUAUCCGGGGGGCGCGGCCCCGUUCCCGGGGGGCGCGUCCCCCUCCUUUCCGGGGACCGGCCCCGACGAGGCGGCCGUCGAGGAGGGCCCGGCGCGGGGCGGGCCCGUCGAGGCCGACGGCUCUCCGUCCGUCCCGCCCCGCGCCGGGCCCGAGGACCGCGAGCUGGCCGAGAGCCGGCGCGAGGUGAUCCAGAUCCUCAAGGAGCUGAAGCAGAAGCACCCGGACAAGGAGGCGGCGCAGCUGGUGGAGUUGGCCAACUACUACGCGCUGCUGCACCAGCAGAAGAGCCGGGCCUUCUACCGCAUCCAGGCCACCCGGCUGCUGACGGGCGCGGGCAACGUGCUCCGUCGCCACGUGGCCGAGGCGGCGCGACGACCCGGGGGCCCGGCCGACGGGGACUGGGCCGGGCCCGGCGGGGCCGGCGGCGGCGACGAGGCCUCGGACGACGGCGACGCCGCCGCCAGCCGCAUCUGCUUCGAGCCCGGGGCCUACCACUGCCUGGAGAGCUGCGGGUCGGUGCUCCUGGCCGUGGCCUGCCGCGGCGGCGAGGGCCGCAGCACCUUCUACGUGGACUACCGCACCGAGGACGGGUCGGCGCGGGCCGGCUCGGACUACGAGUACAGCGAGGGGACCCUGGUCUUCAAGCCCGGCGAGGCCCUGAAGGAGCUGCGCAUCGGCAUCAUCGACGACGACAUCUUCGAGGAGGACGAGCACUUCUUCGUCCGCCUGCUCAACCUGCGCGUCGGCGACGCCGAGGGCAUGUUCGAGCCCGACGCCGGCGGCCGCCCCAAGGGCCGCCUCGUCGCCCCGCUGGUGGCCACCGUCACCAUCCUGGACGACGACCACGCCGGCAUCUUCGCCUUCGCCGACCGGCGGCUCCGCGUCAGCGAGUGCGCCGGGGCCGUGGAGGUCAAGGUCGUCCGCGGCUCCGGCGCCCGCGGCACCGUGCGGGUGCCCUACCGCACCGUGGACGGCUCCGCCCGCGGGGGAGGCGUCCACUACGAGGACGCCUGCGGGGAGCUGGAGUUUGGGGACGACGAGACCAUGAAGACGCUGCAGGUGAAGAUUGUGGACGACGAGGAGUACGAGAAGGAUAACUUCUUCAUCGAGCUGGGCCAGCCCCAGUGGCUCAAGAGGGGCAUUUCAGCUCUUCUGCUCAACAAGGUAAGAACGAGCGCCGACGGGGAUCGGAAGCUGACCGCCGAGGAGGAGGAGGCUCGGAGGAUAGCCGAGAUGGGCAAGCCGGUGCUGGGGGAGAACCGCCGCCUGGAAGUCAUCAUCGAGGAGUCUUACGACUUUAAGAACACAGUGGACAAGCUCAUCAAGAAGACCAACCUGGCCCUGGUGAUUGGCACCCACUCCUGGCGCGAACAAUUCCUGGAGGCCAUCACGGUCAGCGCGGGCGAUGACGAAGAAGAUGAGGAUGGGCGGGAGGACAAGCUGCCGUCCUGCUUCGACUACGUGAUGCAUUUCCUGACGGUGUUCUGGAAGGUUCUAUUCGCCUGCGUGCCCCCCACCGAGUACUGUAACGGCUGGGCCUGCUUCAGCGUCUCCAUCCUAGUCAUCGGGCUCCUGACGGCCCUCAUCGGAGACCUCGCCUCCCACUUCGGUUGCACCGUGGGGCUCAAGGACUCGGUCAACGCUGUGGUCUUCGUGGCCCUGGGCACCUCCAUCCCAGACACCUUCGCCAGCAAGGUGGCCGCCCUCCAAGACCAGUGCGCCGACGCCUCCAUCGGCAACGUGACGGGCAGCAACGCGGUCAACGUCUUCCUGGGCAUCGGGGUGGCCUGGUCUGUGGCCGCCAUCUAUUGGGCGGUGCAGGGCAAGGACUUCGAGGUGCAGACGGGCACCUUGGCCUUCUCCGUCACCCUCUUCACCAUCUUCGCCUUCGUGGGCAUCAGCGUUCUCAUGUACCGGCGCCAGCCGCACAUCGGCGGGGAGCUGGGCGGGCCCCGGGGCCCCAAGCUCCUCACCACCGGCCUCUUCCUGGGCCUCUGGUUUCUCUACAUCCUCUUCGCCAGCCUGGAAGCCUACUGCCACAUCAAGGGGUUCUGAGGCCCGCCCUCUCGCCCCCCGCCCCAGCCUCCCCCUGCCCCGGGGAGACGGUCCUGCCGGCCCCAAGACCCCCGAUCCUCCUUUUACAUCUCUCCCCCCACCUCAGGGAGCCGCGGCCCAGCCCGGGAAGACCCCCGGGAUGCGGGGGGAGGCGGGGGGCGGAGCGGGAGGGCGGGUCAGCGGCUCCUGGCCCCCAGCCGGGGAGCCCCCCCGGUUGGGAAAAGUGGGAAGGGGCCGGGGGUUGCGAGUUUCCGCCCCGCACUCACUCCACCUCACUGGGGGUGGGGGGCAUCUGUCGGAGGCCUGGGAGUGGGGUGAAGG